AUGGAAUUUUUUUCCUACAUUCGCACUCAUUAUUUGUCGUGGUCGCAGAGUACCCCUCUUCCAGCAAAUCUGCAUGAUGCCUCUGCCACCUUCCAGUCGUGGCACGAGUUCAACGCUUCCGUCGAUCAAUGGACAUCUGUGCCCGUCACCGAGACGUACAGUGAUCGUGAUAGCCGGGAAAGAAAACAGCGACAGCGUCCCAUUCAGGGUUCAAAGUUUGUCCUUGUAACGUGGAACGUGGAUUCCUCCUCUGCCUUGCCGGCGACGCGCAUCUCGGCCAUUGUCUCACACAUCGCAAGCUCGGCCCCUGCCGUGGAUGUCAUUUUUUUUCAAGAAGUUUCUAGGCAGGCUUUGCACUCUCUACUAUGCGAUGCACAAGUUCGUCAGUACUGGUAUUCCAGCGAGGCCGAUGAGACCAACUGGCACGGGCAAUCUUUUGCGAGCAUGACACUCGUAUCAAAACGGCGCUUCAACCAUGCCAAUGGAUCGCUGGGUCCAGUGUGGAGGUAUAAAUACCCAAGCCGGUUCGGCAGAGACGCUCUCUGUUGCGAUAUUUUUUUGCCUUUAUCCGCACAAUCCCCCGGCGGUGAAGCGGAUGUCGUGCGCGCUCGACUGGUGAACGUGCACCUUGAUUCGCUGCCGAUACAGCCAUCACAGCGACCACGACAGCUCUCCAUUGUCGCAUCUGUGCUCCGAAGUGCAAGCCGUGGCCUUGUGGCCGGCGACUUCAACCCUGUACUGGCCGAGGACGCCACGCUUAUAUCGGAAAAUCAUCUCAUCGACGCAUGGCAUGAACUGCAUCCAGAUGAGCCUGGCUUUACCUGGGGUGUGGAUGGAAAGCAGCCCUUUCCGCCUGGUCGACUGGACAAAGUAGCUUUAGUUGGACUGCGGCCAUAUCACAUAGAGGUGAUGCAUCCAGACAACAUUGAUGUAGGGUCGGAUGACGGGAACAGAAAUGCCAGUAUCAAGGAUGCUGUGAAUGUAUGCGAUGAGACGGGGCUCGUGAAGCCAAGUGACCAGAUUGUACCUUGGAGCGACCACUCUGGUCUCAAAUGUUGUGUGGGGCUAGCUGGAGAGUAG